AUGCACGAGCUCCCCAACUCAACUCCAUUCUACAAACUUGCCACCUUCCCACUCCCUGGCCCCGCCUCUCCCAUGCUCGUGCCUAGUGCUAGUGCUGCCCUCGGCGCGCCGUCGCUCCCAACAAUGUUCGACGCCGCCUCCGUCCUCUCCGCUACCAGCGCGGAGGGGAGCCUCGAGCUACGGCAGCAGCAGCCUGCCGGCUGCGCGCACCGCCGCUGCCGCAGCUGCUGCGGCAGCCGCGGCUUCGUCUGCCCCGCCCACGUGAGGCCCUCCGCCCACGUCCCCGCGUCGUCCCAGUGCAGCGAGCGCCAGCAGAUCCUCGCCGCGGCCUCCGCCUCGACCGCGGCCGUCGCCGCACCCACUCGCAAGCGCCCGCUUGACGCCGUCGCCACCCCGACCACCACCACGUCGUCGUCCGUUGGCCAGCCGGCGGCGGCGACGGUGCUGGAGAGGUUCGCGCGGGAGGUGACCUUGGAUGCUGUGUUCCGCCGCGUGCGGCUGGGGCCUGAUGAUGCGGAGGUGGCGUACCACGCCACCGUCACCAUCGGCGGGCACGUGUUCAGGGGGGUCCUCUACGACGUCGGCCCUCACAGUCGUCGCAGCACGGCUUCCUCGGACACGGGCGGGAGCAGCGACGGGUCAUGGCGGAGCACCGGCGGCGGCGGCGGCCUGGAUCUGACGCUGAGGCUGUGA